GAAGAAGACGACACCCGGAAACCCUGCUUGGCAGUGUUAGCGUUAAUUGAUUAAACACAGUUAGAUUUUUUUUUCAGAAAUAUGUCUAAAAGACAUCGUUUAGAUUUGGGUGAUGAUUAUUCCUCCAGUAAGAAGCGGUCUGAUGGGAGGGAGAGGGACCGUGACAGAGACCGCGAGGAUCGUUCCAGGGACAGGGACAGAGACCGUGAUCGAGAUCGGGAUAGAGACCGGGACAGAGAGACAAAGCCUUCCAGUGCUUCAUCAAACAGCGUAACAGCUGUCUCAGUUUUGCCACCCCUCAAGCAGCUGGCUGUGCAACAACAGAUCAGUCCGUUCACAAACCUGCCUCAUACACCACGCUACUAUGAGAUCUUGAAGAAGAGGCUCCAACUUCCAGUGUGGGAGUACAAGGAAAGCUUCAACGACAUCAUCACCCGCCAGCAGAGCUUUGUCCUUGUUGGAGAGAUGGCUCUGGGAAGGAAUGUCCAGAUUCCUCAGUGGUGUGUUGACAUGGUGAGAGGUUUGCCUGGCCCGAAGCGAGCAGUUGCCUGUACUCAGCCCAGGAGAGUGGCAGCCAUGAGUGUCGCUCAAAGGGUAGCAGAUGAAAUGGAUGUCAUGCUCGGACAGGAGGUUGGCUACUCUAUCCGAUUUGAGGAUUGUAGUUCGGCCAAGACAAUACUGAAGUAUAUGACUGAUGGUAUGUUGCUAAGAGAAGCUAUGAAUGACCCGCUGCUGGAGCGGUAUGGUGUGGUCAUCCUCGAUGAGGCCCAUGAGCGAACUCUGGCCACUGACAUCCUGAUGGGAGUUCUGAAGGAGGUGGUGCGCCAACGCCCUGAUCUGAAGGUCAUUGUUAUGAGUGCCACUCUGGAUGCGGGGAAGUUCCAGGUAUACUUUGACAACUGUCCACUGUUGACUAUUCCUGGCCGCACGCAUCCGGUGGAAAUCUUCUACACUCCUGAGCCAGAGCGAGACUACCUCGAGGCUGCUAUUCGCACAGUCAUCCAGAUUCAUAUGUGUGAGGAAGAUGAAGGUGAUUGCCUUCUCUUCCUUACGGGUCAAGAGGAGAUUGAUGAGGCCUGCAAACGGAUCAAACGUGAAGUAGAUGACCUUGGACCUGAGGUUGGCGACAUCAAAAUCAUUCCACUGUAUUCCACAUUACCCCCACAGCAACAGCAAAGGAUCUUUGAACCGCCUCCUCCAAGGAAACCUAAUGGUGCCAUAGGAAGAAAGGUUGUGGUGUCAACAAACAUUGCUGAGACUUCUCUGACAAUUGAUGGUGUAGUGUUUGUCAUUGAUCCUGAUUUGCAAACAAAAGGUGAGUGUACAAUCCCCCGUAUCAGAGUUGAGUCUUUGCUCGUUACAGCCAUCAGUAAAGCAUCUGCCCAGCAGAGGGCAGGAAGAGCUGGCAGAACACGACCAGGAAAGUGCUUCCGUCUGUACACUGAAAAGGCAUACAAAACCGAAAUGCAGGAUAACACAUACCCCGAGAUUCUCCGCUCCAACUUGGGGUCAGUGGUUCUGCAGCUGAAAAAGCUUGGCAUUGAUGACCUUGUGCACUUCGACUUUAUGGAUCCACCAGCUCCUGAAACACUGAUGAGGGCACUCGAGCUAUUGAAUUAUUUGGCAGCUCUCAAUGAUGAUGGUGACCUGACAGAGCUGGGCUCCAUGAUGGCUGAAUUUCCAUUGGAUCCUCAACUGGCUAAGAUGGUCAUUGCUAGCUGCGAGUUUAACUGCUCUAACGAGAUCCUUUCCAUUACUGCCAUGUUGUCAGUCCCACAGUGUUUUGUGCGCCCCACGGAAGCUAAGAAGGCAGCAGACGAGUCCAAGAUGAGGUUUGCUCACAUUGACGGAGACCAUCUGACGCUGCUUAAUGUCUACCACGCGUUCAAACAAAACCACGAGUCUAACCAGUGGUGCUAUGACAACUUUGUCAACUACCGGUCACUGAUGUCCGCUGACAAUGUGCGGCAGCAGCUGUCCAGGAUCAUGGACCGUUUCAAUCUGCCACGUCGCAGUACAGAGUUUACCAGCAGAGAUUACUACAUCAACAUCCGCCGAGCCCUCUGCACUGGCUUCUUCAUGCAGGUUGCUCAUUUGGAGCGCACAGGUCAUUACCUCACAGUCAAAGACAACCAAGUGGUCCAGCUCCACCCAUCUACAGUUCUCGACCAUAAGCCCGAGUGGGUACUCUACAAUGAGUUUGUUCUUACCACCAAGAAUUACAUCCGCACAUGCACAGACAUCAAACCAGAAUGGUUGGUAAAGAUUGCACCCCAGUACUACGAAAUGAGUAACUUUCCACAGUGUGAAGCGAAGAGACAACUAGAACGAAUCAUUGCCAAACUAGAGAGCAAAGAGUAUUCCCAGUAUUGAAUGGCCAGGAUGUCUUGGAAAUUAAUUUACUUUAGUUUUAGAUUCUUGUUGUAUAAUUGUUUCUUAAAUUUAGAUCAUGUAUGUGAGAAAUGGCAGCCGCAAAUAUUAGAGCUUGCUUAAAAAAAAGUCAUUUAAAUGUGGAUUGUUCAGUCAUAGAGAAAUGUGCUUGUUUUGUUUCCUUAAUAAAGGGGUUCAUUUGUGUA